AUCAGUGGGCGGAUUUUCACCUAAAUAACAGGGCUGAGUGGACGAAGAAGAAGCACAUUUCUACAGGAUGGCUGGAACAGUAUAUAACCCACCCAUGCCUUACUUAGGCGGGAUACCAGGAGGUGUCCAUGACGGGACAAAGAUUACCAUCCAAGGCACUCCGCAUCCACAUCAUCAUCAACACAUGUUCACUAUUAACCUGAAAUGUGGGGCAAGCCUUGAUCCAACUGUGAAUAAUGCCCUGCAUUUCAACGUUCGCUUCAACGAGGGUACUGUAGUGAGGAACACUUGCCAGCAUGGAUCGUGGGGUUCUGAGGAAAAGCAUGGUGGGAACCCCUUUCAGCGCGGCGUUCCAUUCGAUGUAACAUUUCACAUCAAACACAACCAUUUCAAGAUAACUGUAAAUGGGCGACAUUUUUGUGACUUUAAUCACCGAAUCCAGAUGCACCAUAUCAACACUCUACACAUCGACGGUGCUGUCGGUAUCACAAGCAUCAGUUUCGGUGAUAAAGGAGGACACGGAGGCCAUGGUCAUCAUCAUGGACAUGGGGGUGGUUUCCCUCAGCCAGGUUUCCCUCAGCCAGGUUUCCCGCCAGCGGCAGCCUCGUUCUCCCCUCCAGGUAGCAUGAUGCCCCCUGGCCAACCUAUGUAUAACCCACCUGUACCCUUGACAACAUCGAUUCCAGGAGGCAUGACACCAGGGAAAAUAGUGUCUAUCAGUGGUAUCCCACACGGUGUUUGUCAAAGAUUCACCAUCAACCUACAGUGUGGCCCAAUGACUGGUGAGGACAUAGCCCUUCACUUUGACGUCAGGGUGCAACUUCCUGGAAACGUCAAUCAAGUGAUCCGGAACACAUGCAUCAAUGGUGGAUGGGGACAAGAGGAGAGACAGGUUCCCUACUUCCCUUUCCAGCCUAAUGCAAAUUUCGACAUCAUGAUACUGGCCGAGCAGGGGAAGUUCAAGGUCGCUGUAAAUAAUCAACACUUCGCAGAAUUCCAUCAUCGUCUCAGGCCACUGAACCGUAUCAAUACGCUUAAUGUUUCCGGUGACCUUAGAAUUACCCAAGUCCGCUUCCAGUGAACCAAGUGAUUGAUGACUUUACCACGCAAAUCCAUAAUCAGGAUGGAUAUCAUUCAUCAAUUUGAACUAAUUUAGAAAAUGUAACAAAUGGAAGACGAUCGCUUAUUUUAUUUGAUAUAAUGAUUUGCUGUUUCUGUUAAAAUGUUUUUGUUCUUGUUUCAUUUUCUUGGGCUUUUAAGCUACAUUUUAUCACAUCGUUAA